UUGGAAAAACUUGAAAAACGGAACAGCGUUGUGAUCAGCAGCUGAAAAGAUACUGAACUGUUUACUUUCGGAAAUGCAGUCAUUUAAACUUAAUAUGUAUAUAGAAUAGCUUGUCUUGUCGUAGAAAUAAAUGUUAUAGAUAUUUUUUCAAGGAGAGUAGUUUUUAUCAAUCACAGUAAAAGAACCCGUGUACCAUAGGCGAGUACACGACAAACUUCUUGAUAAAUUUAUUUUCUAGUACUGUUCUUUCAUCUUAUAUUUCAUGAUUGUAUAUGCUAUUUAUAAAAUUACUUGAUUUAAAAUGGAUGCCGCGAAGGAAAAUCUUUACUCUGCUAAAUUUAUUUUAGCUGAAAAAAUGGAAUUUAAUGCCGAUUCUGUUGAAUGGUGCCCUUUCCAAGAAUUUUCACAAUACAUGACGUGUGGAACAUAUCAAUUAGAUGAAGAUGAAACUCCUUCAGAUGACAUCCAAACUCGUAAUGGUAGCAUUACUUUAUAUUCUUUUACAAAUGCUUUUGACAAUGCCAACGCAAAAUUAGAGAAAAUAGAUAUUGCACAAUCAGGUGGAGUUCUGGAUCUCAAAUGGUGUCCUCAAUUGAUCAAUGGUGAACCAGUGCUUGGCGCUGCUUGUAGUAAUGGUAAAAUCAUUCUUCUCAGAAUGAGCUCUAACAGCAGUAGAAUUCAUUUACAAGAAUUAAUCAAUCUUAACCUUUCACUCGAAGAGAAAAAGAUGAUUCUAUCUUUAGAUUGGUCUUGUCAAGAAGGGUCAAUAACUACCAUAGCUUCAGAUACGAAAGGGAAUUUAAAUUAUGUUGCCCUAAGAGAGAGUGAGUUAUCUUUGUUGGAAAGUUGGAAUGCUCAUGGCUUUGAAUCAUGGAUAGUUGCAUUUGAUUAUUCACAUCCGAAUGUGGUAUAUUCAGGUGGCGAUGACUGCCGUUUAAAAGGUUGGGAUUUAAGAAAUGUAUCAUCUGCUACUUUUAUAAAUAAGAGCCAUUCCAUGGGCGUGACAGCUAUAUCCAAAAGCAAAUUAAAUGAACAUUUGUUAGUUACUGGAAGUUAUGACGAAAAUGUGUUCUUGUGGGAUGUAAGAUCUAUGAAAAUUCCGAUAUCAGAAAUUUCAUUAAAUGGUGGUAUUUGGAGAUUAAAAUGGCACCCUCAAAAUCCAUCAUUUCUAUUAUCAGCAUCAAUGCAUAAUGGAUUUCAUGUUCUAUCUAUAGAAGAUGGUGCACUGAAAGAAAAGGCUCAUUACAAUAAACAUGAAUCCCUUGCAUAUGGUGUGGAUUGGCGUCUUCAGUCAAAUGAAACUGGUGAAACUACGGCAAGCGAUACAGAAAGAUGUGUGUCUAGCCUUGUUGCCUCUUGUUCUUUUUAUGAUAAAUUGUUACAUAUAUGGGAAGUAAAUAAUUAA